AUGGCAACUAAUUUCGUCAUUUGUCUUUUUCAGUUGUCCGAUCUGCGCAUAUGCCAAGGUGACCAGAAGAAGGUGGAAAAUUCGACCUUCGAGUUGUGGGAUGUCGGGCACAAUGAUGAUCCUAUCAAAUCCAUCAUCAGGGUAGAGGCUCCAAACGCGCUGAGUGCCAAGACCUGGCUUCAGGACUUGGAAAAGAACAUUAAAUCACAAGGUUGGACAUUUUUGUGA